UUGGAUGGCACCACCCUUGGAAAUUAGGGUUUUACAUAUAUGGCUCUCUGUUCGUAGCAGUGCCAUUGACGGUGGCAAUCGGAAUCGGUGGAAAUGGUUGCGUUGAGGUUUCACCAGUACCAGGUGGUGGGGAGAGCUCUUCCGACCGAAACCGAUGAGCACCCGAAGAUCUACCGAAUGAAACUGUGGGCUACCAAUGAGGUUCGUGCCAAAUCCAAGUUCUGGUAUUUUUUGAGAAAGUUAAAGAAGGUCAAGAAAAGCAAUGGUCAAGUGCUAGCCAUCAAUGAGAUUUUUGAGAAAAAUCCUACCAAGAUUAAGAAUUAUGGAAUUUGGCUGCGUUAUCAGAGUCGUACUGGUUAUCACAAUAUGUACAAGGAAUACCGAGAUACAACUCUAAAUGGAGGAGUUGAGCAAAUGUACAAUGAAAUGGCAUCUCGUCAUAGGGUCAGGUUGCCAUGCAUCCAGAUAAUUAAGACAGCCACCAUCCCUGCUAAGCUGUGCAAAAGGGAGAACACCAAGCAGUUCCACAACUCCAAAAUCAAGUUCCCUUUGGUGUUCAAAAUGGUUAGGCCCCCCACUAGGAAGCUCAAGACAACAUACAAGGCAUCCAGACCCAACCUGUUUAUGUGAUUCAGUUCAUCACUCAUCAUGGGGCUGCUUAAUUCAUUAGUAAACAUAAUUUGUCUUCUUUCAAGCUUUGAAUAUUUUGUUUUUGUUUUAUUUUUACUUUUUGCGGAGUCCUUUAUUUUACUCAUUUUGAUGUAUUCGUUCAAGGCUGGUUGUGAAUUUAGAGAUGAGUUUUGUUUCCAA